AUGGCUCGAACAUUCUACAACGAUGAGAGGAACCUCCUGUCAACCGACCCUGACAGAGUCAAAAUGAAAGCAAAAGAGCUAAUGGCGACUCUCGAUAGCCACAGGGCCCAUUUAUCAGAUCUCCGCGAAUCACUUCAGUUGGAACAAUUAGAAGAACAAAUCUCAUUCCACGACGAAGUAAGAAACACACUCCAGAAUAUACAAGAAACCGUAGACAAAUUCGCAAACCAGCCCGGGAGGAGCGCCGCCGCGCAACAACGACACGAUCAGGACCAGCCCGAGGAACCUUAUGAGGAAGAGGACGAGGAUGAAGAGCUUGAAACUGACGAACCAGAAUCAGACGGAGAAGACGUGAGGAACGAAGAAGCUCCGCGCGCUAUUGAAAUGGGAAAUGAGCAAAAAGAAGUGGUGCCAGCUCAACGUCCAAGGCACGUCAUAGAAGCGGAGUUACACGAGGAACGUAGAGCGUCAAACCAGGUAGCCAUGAUCAUAGAGGACUUGAUGAGCCCCCGAACAUGUCCCCCGCGACGCCGCGGCGGCGGACUUCCAAGAUCAGUAGCUCUGCGAAACCCGCCGAUCAAAUGCGCCUUCUGUCAUGCGACCGGAUCCCACCGAGCGGACGCAUGUACCCAUGUGAGAACGGUUCGGGAAAGACGCAUACUCGUACAGCGUCAGAAGAAAUGCGGUCGCUGUCUGGAACAAUGUCCUGGGAAUUCCAUGGGUCGCAUGCUCUAUGCCAAGUGCUUUUAUUGCAAAAAAAGAAGGUCACAAUUCCGCGCUCUGCGAACUGCCAGAUCAGGUGUUGGAAAUCUGCACCAAACUGGAAGAGGCGCAAAAGCAGGCGGACCGCCACUCCCAACGCAUCAAAGAGCUAGCCGACGAACUACGGCGCCAGCACUAAUUCCCUAUCAUCGGCGCCGCCGGGAACAUCGCGGUAAUACGCGAUUUUCGAUAAUUUUCUCGUAA